AUGCCUUCUGUUCUGACGCCCAGUCCUGACCAGAUCGUCCUGAACGGGUUCGGUCAGUCUCAAGGUCCAUUGACAAAUGGCCCGCCGGUAACCGCCCAGCAAAGCCAUCCUCACGAAGCCAAGGACGAUGUGAUCGACACAGAAUUCCUCAUUGUCGGUGCAGGACCUGCUGGAGCAGCCUUGGCUUGUUUUCUCGGCUCUUAUGGACUGAAAGGAAUCAUGAUAAGCGCCGCUCCUGGAACAGCAGACACUCCUCGUGCGCACAUUACCAACAUGGCAGCUCUGGAAUGCCUGCGAGAUGUCGGGCUCUAUGAGGAGCUAGAAAACGUGGCCUCCAAGGGUGAUGCUCAUAUGCAGCACACGAGAUGGUGUCACAGCAUGGCAGGGGUGGAGUAUGCUCGACUUUACUCAUGGGGCAACGAUCCGAAAAGAAAGGGCGACUACGACAGGGCUAGCCCAUGCUCGCCGUUCGACCUGCCACAGACUAUUUUGGAGCCAGUGUUGGUGCAUCAUGCGACAUUGAAGGGCUUCACGACGCGUUUUGACACGACGCUCCAUUCGUUUGUGGAGAACCCCAAGACGGGCCGAAUCACGGCAACAGUCCACGACAAGCUUUCAAACAAGCAAUACCAGAUCUCCACCCGCUACCUAUUUGGGGCCGAUGGCGCCCGAAGCCAGGUUGUGAAGCAGCUUGACUUGCCCUUGUCCGUCAAGCCCGGCCAAGGUCUUGCGAUAAACGUGUUGGUAAAGGCCGACCUGUCCCAUCUCGUCAAGAACCGCCAGGGUAAUCUCCACUGGGUUAUGCAACCAGAUCGCGAACAUCCUGAGUUCGCUUGGAUGGGCAUUGUGCGCAUGGUGAAGCCAUGGAAUGAAUGGAUGUUCAUAUUGUUUCCAAGCCCCGGCUACGACUAUAAGAGAGAGGCUCAACCAUCCAAGGACGAGUAUUUGAGGCGAGUCCAAGAGUUCAUCGGCGAUGACACGCCUGCAGAGAUCUUGAAUAUAUCUAAAUGGUAUAUCAAUGAGAUCGUCGCCGAGAAAUAUUCUCAAGGCAACGUAUUCUGCCUCGGGGACGCCGUGCAUCGCCACCCACCUUUGAAUGGGCUAGGCUCGAAUACAUGUAUACAAGAUGCCUUCAAUCUCGCCUGGAAGGUCGCCUAUGUCCACAAGGGCCUGGCAUCGCCAUCCCUUCUAUCAAGCUAUUCGGUUGAGAGGCAGCCUGUGGGUUACUCCAUCGUCACCAGGGCAAAUCAAGCAUUCCGUGAUCACCACCGCGUAUGGGACGCCCUCGGAAUGCUUCCAAAGGAACUCCAUGAGCGUAAGGCAAUCCUACAGGAAUUGGAAGACGCGACACCGGAAGGUCAGAGGCGGCGUCUUGCUUUCCACGACGCAAUCAGGCACACAACCCACGAGUUCAAUGGACUGGGUGUCGAGAUGAAUCAGCAUUAUGACAGCCAAGGUAUUUAUGUCGCGGAUGAGCCUUAUCCCUUUGCGCGCACGGGACGGGCGGCCGAUAAUGAGGUUCUUUAUCACGAACCAAGCUCAUACCCUGGCUGCCGCUUGCCACAUGCCUGGCUUAACACAGCGAUUCCGGGACAAAACAUUUCAACAAUCGACAUCGCUGGCCACGGAGCCUUUGCCUUGCUCACUGGCAUUGGGGGCGGUGCCUGGAAGCAAGCAGCUGAGCAUGUCGCUGAAAAACUCCGGGUCCCCCUCAAGGUUUAUUCAAUCGGGUUCAGACAGGACUGGGAGGACGAGUAUUUUGACUGGGAGAACCUCAGCGGCGUGGAGGAAUCGGGUGCUGUAUUGGUACGACCAGAUCUUUUUGUCGCAUGGAGAGCACCAAGGGUCUUGCCUGACGCCGCAGCCUGCGAGCUCAAGCUGAUGACAGUAAUGAGGUCCAUUCUGGGACAUGCAUCAGAGUCAUAG